CACUGCUUUGUGCUGCAGUGUCAUAGCGAUGAGACAUUGUUCGUAUGCCUAGUUCCCAAAAAUGUUGAAAACAUCGUGUUUAUUAAAAAGAUUGAAUGGAAAUUUGUUUUGCACAUGCAGAAGACUACAAAACACGACGGCAAAUGAAAGCCAGAGUUUCCGCCAACGGGCAUGGCAGGCGGCACGCCAACGCUAUGCCAAUUACGAGCAUGUGCACUACAGUUCCUUUCUCGAGCACAAAUUCAUGUCACUGGGGAAGAUUAGCUCAAAGAAUCCGACGAUUUAUCCACCAUUAGAUGUGUUGCUUGAGAUUGAGCGAAAGAUGACUCCAGCAGCAGUUUCAUAUCCCAACAACUGGAUGGAGGAUUAUGAGUUUUAUGCUGGUGGCGGCGAUGAAGCGGGAAUUAUUGAUUCCAAGCAUGGAACGCCGGAUGCGACAGUGGCGCCAUCUACAGUGCCCUGCAAUGGAUGUGGUGCGCACUUACACUGCGCCAGCAUCUCCAUGCCCGGCUACAUACCCAGUGAAAUCUUCAAGGGACGCACAAAUCGGGAACUCCAGAGCAUCACCUGCCAACGCUGUCACUUCCUCAAGCACUACAACAUUGCCCUGGACGUGGAGGUGCCACCAGCGGCGUAUGUGGAAACCAUAUCUCGGAUACAGGAUAAAUUUGCGCUGGCUGUAAUCAUAGUGGAUCUACUGGAUUUGCCCAGUUCCAUUUGGCCGGGCAUGCAGCAAGUGCUUGGCUCUAAGCGACCCGUGUUCCUCGUGGGCAACAAGGUGGACCUGCUGCCACGUGACUCGAAUGGUUAUCUGAGCCAUGUCAAGCAUUGCCUCAAGCAACAGUUUAUACAACACGGCGGCUUCGAUGCUCUUAAUAUCAAAAAUGUUAGUUUAAUAUCCGCCAAGACGGGUUAUGGCAUUGAGGAGCUAAUCACGCAGCUGCAUAAGAUUUGGCAAUACAAAGGUGAUGUUUAUCUGCUGGGCUGCACUAAUGUGGGCAAGAGCACGCUCUUCAAUAUACUUCUAAACUCGGAUUAUUGCCGCCCAGAGGCGAGUGAACUGGUGCAGAAGGCAACGACUUGUGCCUGGCCAGGCACAACGCUUCAAAUGCUCAAGUUUCCCAUCUAUAGACCGUCGGAUGUGCGUGUCUAUCAACGUUUUAAGCGUCUCUUCUCGGAGAGAUCUCAACGUGCCGCCUUGGAGCAGCUGCGUCGGGAUCAGGCCAAGGAGACGGGAACAGCGACAACUGCUCAACUAAUAGGACAAGUGGGACGCACCUUCACCAAUCGCAUGGAGGUAGAGGAUGCCUUUGCCAUGUCAGCGGGCACACAACCCAUAACGACGCUUAAUGACCGCAAGUUGGAGUAUCGGGAAGCUCGUUGGGUCUAUGAUACACCUGGCGUCAUGCAGCCGGAUCAAAUCACGCCAAUGCUCACUACGGAGGAGUUGCUGCACAUGCAGUCCACUAAAAUGUUGAAACCCCGUGCGCUGCGACUAGCUCCCAAUAUGUCUUUAUUUAUAGGUGGACUGGCAAGGAUCGAUCUCCUGCAAUUCAGCAGUGAUUGGGUAAAGUUGUUCAUCUUUGCGGUGGAAUCGUUGCCACUGCUGAUAACAGACACUCCCCAAGCUGAUCACGUUUAUAGGCGUUACCUGGGAACACCUGUACUAGGUGUACCCAUUGCUGGCGCGGAUGAGACGCGUUUGCAGCGCUGGCCAGGAUUACAGUGCCUCAAACAGGAUAUUGUUGUACAAAGCACUACAACAUCGCCUUCCAAAGGACAAAAAGGAUCUGAUAAACAAUUAAAUUGUGAUAUAACUCUAAGUUCAGCUGGAUGGAUAGGUCUCCUAUUACCGGAGAAUUCCGAGAGCGUUUGGCGUGUUUGGACUCCUCAAGCAGCGGGUAUUUAUGUCCGUGAGCCUUCACUAAUACCACUGGCCGAUCGAUUAGUGGGCAAGCGCAUACGCAAUUCUUUAGCCUAUAAUACAGCCAAGCCAUUUGUUUUUAGAAAAUAGUUAAACCCCUGUUAUUUCAUUCAAAAUAAAUUUUCUGUAUUUAAAUUUGAA